GCUACACCGGCGUUGGGUCUCCCGCCAAUCAGUGGAUUCGCAGUGAAUAUUCCGACUCUCCGAUUCAGGUACCCGCACAGAUAUCCUGUUCUUCCAACACACGUCAAUUCUUACGUUGACACAUCAUGCUGAGAUGGCAGCUCCUUCUGGCUGCCUCAUUUUCCGAUGGAGGACAGUGUUUGCUGAUUGACUCACUGUUUGGAAUCGGCCCGGUCCCAGAAAUGAGAUACCCAGACUUGAGGCCGUCGCAAUUGAACGGUAAUAGGGGAGAGAGGGGACGGCAAUUAAUUAUGAUUGGCUUGACCCUGACGGAACCCAGGGUUCACGAGCUGACGGUGGGUCUGGAGGCUGCCCCCGCUUCGACCGACUAAAAAGCAGGCUAGGCUGGAUUCUGUAUAGCUUGCUCGACUAGCUCAGGGCACUUUAAGUAUUCUUCGUUUCCCCCGAAAUUCUGUCUUUCUCUCUCUUUCAUCCUCACUCAGUCCUUU